CAAAAUAUACGUAUUCAAUAUACGAGAUGAAAAAGUAUACUGAAAAGGAUUUUGAUGAGAAGGUAGAGAAAGCAGUCGAUAAAGUACUCUAAAUAAUGUAUAGGUUCAGUAUUUAAGCAAGAAAGCACAAUAACAAUAAUAAAAAGGGUACUUUCAUCACAAUAAUGAAUGCAUAAUUGACAAAUUGGUUGAGAAAGAGAAGUUAAUGACAAGCAUAGCCAACAUAUUCACAGAAGUGGCCAAGAUCACUUGCAACGAGUUGGUGGAACCUAUCAAGUAGUAGAUAGAUCAAUUGGAGUCAGAUUUGGCCAAGAUCAAAGAACUUGUCAUCAAGAGUUUUAAUCAAGUAUCUGUACUCUCUCUAUCUUCAGUUUACUCCAGUAAUGCGCAGUGUAGGAGUUUCAGAAAAAGUAAUUGAGAGUGGGAAACAGAUAGAGACUGAGGAAAUCGACAGAGUCAGAAAAAAAUUACAAAAUCAUGAUAACAUGAUUAGUCUAUUGAUGGAUACCUAGUAAGAUUAUAGUCUUAUCGUUUAGAGCAUAGAUGAAAUAGACACUUCAGAUAUUUAAUACUUCGGAUGAUAUACAAUCAAGUAUGGUUAGUUGUUUAUCUUUUAGAGUUACUAUCGCAAUUUGAUGACAAAAUUUAUUAACUCAAAUAGGAAUUAAAUGAUACUAAAGUCAAUGAUACCGUAAGACAAGUCAAAGGUAUACUUCGCAAUUGAUUUGUUAGAGAAAUGUAAUGCUUGUUGGGUUGUGCUUGGUGAUGUAAAUGAAAGAGUCGAAAAAAUGUAGAAGUACUUGGAUGAAUAGAUGGAGAAGAAGAAAUCGGGAGGUCUCCUGUAAAAAGCUGCUUCUUACAUCAAAGCAUCUUGAAUAUAAUUGUGUAUUUUAUUAGUU